ACACGAGAACUGCAAUUCAAGCCAGUGUGCGGUUUGAGACAAUAUAUAUAUAUAUAAAUAUAACGUAUUAUGUGUGCUGGUGAGGUUUGUUGUGCGCGUCGUGUGCCGUCUCAUGUCACGUUUCCUCGGUAGCUCUGACGUUGGUUAACUGGAUGAGAGACACUAAAGUCUUAAUAAAUGAACAGGGACAUCUAAAAGGUGAGAAGUACGCGUUCCUUCCUAUACCUGGCUCGUGCAGAGGUCUGGACAACGCGGGGAAGACGACCAUCCUGAAGAAGUUUAAUGGAGAAGACAUCAGCACCAUCUCCCCGACGCUGGGCUUCAACAUCAAAACACUGGAGCACAGAGGGUUUAAAUUGAAUAUUUGGGAUGUCGGGGGUCAGAAGUCGCUGCGCUCCUACUGGAGGAACUACUUUGAGAGCACAGACGGGCUGGUGUGGGUGGUGGACAGCGCAGACAGACUCAGACUGGAGGACUGCAGACAGGAGCUCAGUUCACUGUUAAUGGAGGAGAGGUUAGCCGGCGCGACGCUGCUGGUGUUUGCCAACAAACAGGAUUUGCCAGGAUCCCUGUCGAAAGAGGCCAUACGAGAGGCACUGGCCCUGGAUGAGAUCAAAAGUCAUCACUGGUGCAUCAUCGGCUGCAGCGCAGUCACAGGAGACAACUUGUUAGCGGGAGUGGACUGGCUGUUGGAUGACAUCGCUGCAAGGAUCUUCACCACCGACUGAGUGUUUGUCUGUUGGACCACGGCGUUUGAAAGAGCUCAAAUGUCUUUGUUCCAUCAGCGGUUUGUCACCACACGGUGCUGCUGUCCAUCCAGGUUUAUAUACAAAUGUAUUUAUAUAUUGACAGUUGAAUGAGAUGUUGAUGGGAAACAAUUAAGCAAACUAAACACAACAUGGAAACCUAAAUUGAGUGUUUUGUCUGCAAUGCCUGACAUCGUUACACAUUUAAAUACUGAUUUAAUAAAGUUGAAAGCUGCA